GCAUCCCCCGACAUGAGGUCGGCAGAACCCAAGGCUAUUUCUAGAGGCAUCACCGUUCUGAGCAACUCCCAGAGCUACGUCAAGUCGUUCGACGGCAUGGCGUACGAGCUCAAGGGUAAGAUCAAGGAGACCGGGAGCACAGCAGACAUCGAAAAGGCAAGCAAGGAGACCGCGGAGCUGUACGAGAGCGCGUCGAGCGUGAAGAAGGCGAACAAGCUGGUGCGGCUCCUGAUCGAAGUGGAACGCGCCCUGAACUCCGCCGAGGCGGCCGAGAUCGCGUCGCAGUCGGACCCUAGUCGCGCGGCGCAGUACAUGAAGGAUGCGGGUCUACGGUUUCUGCCCGAACCGCCGCCGCCGCCGCCGCCGUCGGAGGACGAUAGCAACGCCAACUCUACCGUUGCCGCCGGCACUCAGGGGGACAAGAACGGUGGUGGGGCAAACGGGUCAACGAGAGUCUUUCCUGCGCGCCGCCCGCGAGAGAAAUCGAGCCCAGGACUAAGCGAGACGGCGGCAAGGAGACGACGAGCCGCCGCCACCGCCGCUGCCGCUGGUGGCGGUACUGCGACAGGUUCCUCCUCUUCCUCCGCAGCAGCAGAAGGUCCAGGCGUUAGCGGUGGCGGCGACGACAGCGGCCAGAGGAAAACGAAUAAGAAGAAGAAGAAUAAGAAGAAGGUACGGGCAAGAAGCAAAGGAGAGGUCGGCGGCGCCGCCGCGGCGGGCGCGGCGGCAGCAGCCGGAGGAGAACCGCUGGAGGCAUUCGUGGUCGCCGUUGCCGGGUGCGAGGUGCGGUGUUUCCUGAUGCUGGACGAGCGGGGCGGGGAGGAAGGGGAGGGGCGGCUGGUGGUGGCGGUCGGCGACUCGCUCACGGGAGAAGCCCUGCUCGAGAGCCUGUUCGAGGAGCCCGCGGUGGUGCAGCUUGCGUCCCACGGGCUCAUGCGCGAGACGGCUUACGUGAACAGGGUGGCGUUUCAGUGCGCGUGCGACAUCCUGGAGUGGGCCGGGCCUUUCAUCAAGGCGUCGGUCGAGCCGGGGGGCGCAUUCGAAGGCUACCGCGUCCACUGCGCGGGGCACUCUUUCGGGGGAGCCGUGGCGGCCUGCCUGGCUGGCCUGCUGGACGGCGCGAUCGACGUGGAGCCAUCCGGGAAGCGAGGAGGAGGAGGAGGAGGCGCAGCAGCGGGGGCACCAUCAGUGGGGCAGAGGAACGGUGCGGGUUCGGGAGGGAAGAGCUCCAGAGAUCUGCGAAGCGCAGGGGGCGGAAGGUCGCCGGCUUCUUCCUCGGGCGAUGAGCCGAGCGAGGAGUCGAGCGAGGAGGACGGCGGCGGCGGCGCGGUACGGGUCGACGGGGCAGAACCGUGGGUCGGCAUCCGCCGGGACGGGGUGACGUGCGUGACCCUAGGUUGCCCCCCGUGCCUGUCGCAGAAUCUGCGUCUCCCCUUCGUGACGUCCUUCGUGCUGGGGGACGACAUGGUCCCCAGAACCAGCCACGAGUCCCUGCGGCGGCUCAAGCGCAGGUUGCUGCAGGCGAGUGUCAUGCCCAAGGGGAAGGGUUUGCUAUCGCAGGGGGUGGCGUUCAGCACGAGCCUCUUCACGGACGUGGCAGGGGUGGCGAUGCAGGGGGUCCGGCAGGCUACGACGCUGGGGGAGGACGACGCCCGGCUGACAGUGCCUGGUCGGGUGUGGUUCGCCAAGCCCAGGCGGCUCAAGAACGGGGCGACGCUGAAGCGGGUGAUGCGGGGCAACGUCAAGGAGGACAUGCUCUGGCAGCUCCACGACAUAAUGCUAACCAAGAGCAUGCUCUCGCACCACCGACUCGACAAGUACAUCAAGAUCCUCGACAGAGUCUGAACCCUUUUUCUUUUUCGCAGUCGUAGCCUUCGCAGGAUUUUCCGAUAAAGUGAACAUGUUUGAUAAAGGAUGCAACCGGAGAAGUUGGGCUAGGUUAAGGGUCUGCGUAACCCCUCCCUGUCUGUUCUCUGUUCCCACAUUAACUUACUAUUCUCGCGAAGGCGGCAUUUUUUGGGGGGUCUGCCAAUGGCGGUGGAUGCCGUAGAAUAGUGCAGCGUUCGUCGCGUCACUAAUGCUGCCGCCCGCUUCGGUCGUACCUGUUGUAUCGUAUGCAUAGCCCGAGCAUCUUUUUGGAGCUUUGCGCAACAGCAAGAUACCCGAGGUUUGGGACAGCCCAAGGGCCACCAAACAAACCGACGUGCUGGCAGGAGCCAACCGAGUACCGCCGGCCGUACAGGGACGCUGUGAUGUGGGCGAGGAUGAAGUGCCAAUUGUCGUUUCAUUUUUUUUUUUUUUCGGGAUACAGUGCUGUUUUUGCCCAGCCCGGUUGUUGGACGCGUUUGUCCUGAGGCGACAGGCAGCAGCUGGAGGAGAAAAUAUUAUUUUGUUG